AUGGUUGAAGUAUAUUUUAACGUCCAGUCGGACAACGGAGCACUGACCGAAAGCAACUGCCUGAGAAAAUGGAGCACAAGUUAUAUUGCCGCUUUAGAAGGCGUGAAAGAUCUUCGAAGUGGAAUGAAACUUGCUGGUCUAAUGGCUUCAGCUGGCCUUGUUGAUAUCGAAUCGAAAAUGAUACCUCUGCCCCUAUCUGGAUGGUCAACGGAUCCGAGGAUGAAGGCUAUCGGUGAGGCGAACCGAAAGAAUGUUCAUCUUCUUCUGGAAUCACUUGGGCUAUAUCCAUUUAUGCACGGGCUUGACAUGUCUGAGGUUGAGUUCCAAGAACUUUUAACAGGUGCUAGGCAAGAAGCAGAUGAUCCCUCACUGAAGGCAUAUAUUCCUCUGUAA